AUGCGUCAGCAAAACGUUAUGGGCAAUUGCAUGCCGAAGUCUCACGACGACGGCGAUGUGGGUCGCCAACGUCGUCAUUCCGGGCUCUCCCCCUCACCCCUCCCCCCCCCUCUCUCCCUCAACCCUUCCCCCCCUCUUUCCCCUUUUCCGCCCCCUCUGUUUGUCGCACAUCAGCUCACGACGACGGCGGUGUGGGUCGCCAACGUCGUCAUCCCGGGCUCUGCGAUCUUCGCCAGUCGCAUGAGCGCGAUUGGCGCUCCUGUCGCCAUGUCAUACGGCGGAGUGAAGGGCGUUGUGCGCAUGACGCGCGGGCCCGACGCGGUGAUUGCGCGCAAGACGAUGGAGAAGCGCGCGCUCGUCGCCAUGCUCACCGCGGCGCACGCGCGGAGGCUGGACAAGAAGGGCGGGGCGGUCGGAAUCUUCUCCCCCAAGACGCAGAACAAGCCCGCCCGCUACCAGCAGUUCAGGCAGCACAACCAGGUGUCCACUCAGAUGGCAACACGUGUCGCUGACGUCACAAUCAGGGCUGUAAGGAAGGAUAAAGCAGCCGUCAAUAUCGAGGACCUAGCCAAGUAUGAUCCUUCCGGGACGCUUCCCAUGCUCGUGGCCUACAGUCACCCACUGUGCAGCAAGAAUGAAUGCGCGAAAUGCAGUGUAACAGCCAACCCCUGCAUCGCUGGUAACACCUGUAACAGCGGCAAAUGCGGUAACCCUAUCAUCGAACCAGACGGCACCAGCUGCGUUGACUCAGAUUACCAAGGAAACACUUUUCCCGGCUUCUGCCAAUCCGGAACAUGUCAUAUCUCAGCUGUCCAAUCCUACUACGGAUCUGCCCAGAAAACUUCAAUGUGGCUGCCCGAGGGAGUCAGCCUACCCACGCUGCCCGAGCUGAAAAUUUCCGUCAGCCGGGGACUCGCUGGGACGAAUGGGAGUGCGGAGGGUUUUGUGGGCAGGAGUAUUGGGUUCUGGCAUCGGCUGUCCAGGCAAUCCCGGAGUUGCACCUUUAAUAACGGGGGUUGUGGCGUGUUCGCCUGCCGAGUAGACUACAAGAGGAGAAAGACAGCAUGUGUCAAUCCCAAGAAAAUGGGCUUUGCAGCUGCUCCUAUGGGGAUUGAUUUCCCUCUGGGAGCAACCAUAAGUUACUCAUUCCCCACGGCACCAGCUAGGUGCAUGCAGAGAUGCAAAAAGAUGACGACUUGCGUGCUUGCGGUUACCACUGUAGGCCGAGAAUGCUGGCUGAAAUCAUCUGCAGGGAAUGUUACAGUCAAUACCAUCUCCUUCCAAGCUUAUAAGAAGCUAUAG